AUGGACGGGGGUAUUCGCCGAGGUACCGACAUCUUCAAGGCUCUCGCUCUGGGUGCCUCGCACUGUUUCGUGGGCAGGAUCCCCAUAUGGGGCCUUGCGCUCAUUCUCCAGUACGACGGCCAAGAGGGUGUCGAGCUAGCGCUGAAAAUUCUCAUGUAUGAGUUCAAGGUGGCUAUGUUGCUGGCCGGUUGCAAAAGCGUCAAGGACAUCACUCAAGAUCACCUGGUGUACAAGAAGGCGGACGGGAUAUUGGCAAAGUUGUGA